GCAUCCUUCUUUAUAUAGGCCUUGUAUUUAGCUAGCCAGUGUUAGCUGCGGGAUGUUACACCCAAAGUAAUGUCGAGCAGCUGAGCAGUUUCUGCUGAAAUAACACCGGGACACACGUUAACAUCUAUUUCAAAAGGAACUAUUACAUCUCUCUAGCAAAACACGCAGCGGAUGGCCCGGACAACACUUGUCGUGGGACCUACAUAGAGAGAGGGACACCAAUCUGAACCUCUGAAUGAGUAAUGAACCUAAACCCCUUCUGGAGCAUGUCUGCCAACACAAGUCGUAAGCAGAGAUCUGACAGCGAGGAACAGAGCGGUCACGGGGACCAGAGAGCCAGCCCAGCCCGGCUGCCCUUUGGCAAAAAGCAGCUUCCACCCAUUCCUAAGAAUGCAACCCCCAUUACCAAGCCCGCGUCAACGGUGACCCCAGCCCAGUCAGCCAAUGGCACACACGCCUCCUAUGGGCCCUUUUACUUGGAGUACUCUCUGCUUGCCGAGUUCACACUAGUGAUUAAGCAGAAACUCCCUGGAAUUUAUGUCCAGCCAUCCUACAAAUCAGCACUAAUGUGGUUUGGGGUCAUAUUCAUCAGACAUGGCUUGUACCAGGAUGGAGUCUUCAAAUUCACUGUGUAUAUUCCAGAUAACUAUCCAGAUGGAGAUUGUCCUAAAUUAGUAUUUGACAUCCCAGUCUUCCAUCCUCUUGUUGACCCUGUGUCUGGAGAGCUUGAUGUCAGAAGAGCUUUCACCAAAUGGAGACGGAAUCACAACCACAUCUGGCAAGUCUUGAUGUACGCACGAACAAUUUUCUACAAGAUCAAUACCACGGAACCACUCAACCCAGAGGCUGCUGUGCUAUAUGAAAAGGACGUGCAGUUGUUCAAAAGCAAAGUGGUGGAUAGUGUGAAACUAUGCAACAGUCAUCUUUUUGACCAGCCCAAGAUAGAUGAUCCCUACGCAAUAAGUUUUUCUCCAUGGAACCCAGCUGUUCAUGAGGAAGCAAAAGAGCGGAUGUUCACAUACAAAAGACGGCCUGAGGAUCACCACAAGGGAACGCAGGUGUCGGGGCUGUCUUGGGUGAAGCCUGGAUCGACGCAGCCCUUCAGCAAAGACGACAGUCCUCCCCAGAGCUGAACCUGCACUGUCGAUGCAGCAGCCGCUAGAGGGAGGCCCAUAUGCAUCGGACGCCACACCACUGGCUUGCCUCAGCUGUUUAAGCGAACUGGAUCCUUGAAACAGUUGGGAGAACUUUACUUUAAAUCUCCACAUUAUUGCUCAGCUUUAAAAGCUUCGUAGGCAUCUCCUCAAACGGCUUUAGAAUAAGGAAACAAAGUUUGUAUUAUAUGUAAAUCGACGAUGACAAAUGGAUGUCCCAGAAACAUCUUUUCGGCUGUGAUGCAAUCAAAGAGCUUUCUCAGUUAGAUUUUUCAGAUCCAUGCACAUGUUGGGCUAGAUGAUACAGCAUACUGUCCCAAAAGGAGCUGAAAAGUAUGAGUAAAGCAUUCAUACGGUAAGUAUAGUGGACUACGUGAUCUCUACCACUUGUUGAAAUUGGCUCAGGACUGUUUUAUUUGUCAGAUUUGGAAUGUUGUCAGUCACAGCUGUGUGAAUGAAACCACCCUCAUUACCCAAUUAGAUUGACAUGAUAUGUUUUACAUUUGUUUCUAAUUGGACAAUGAUUUCUUCUUAAUCCCACCGUGUAAACUAUCGUCUUACAUAGUUCCUUAUAUAUAUAAAGCAGAGCAGGCCCGUAUGGUUUUAAAUGAGAUGCGAAAUAAGUAAGCUCUAUUAUUUUAUUUUGUCUGAUUUUAAAUAAUUUUGAAUGUUUUAUGUACCCUCUGGCUGUUGGUUAUUAAAGUUUUGAUGUGUAAAUAAUGGAUGCUGUGCUAAGCUUUGACUUUUAGAGGCCUGUCUGCAUUGACGCUUGGAUUUUCUAAGUUAUUUUUUGGGAGGUUUUCUUUGCAAAUGUUACUUAAGCUUCCUUACAGAUCUUUUCAUUACAAGUCAAAGAAGUUAUUGCAGAAUUCCCACAUAAAUCUGGAGGAAAUGUAUUUUGAUAAGGUUUAGUUAUUGACUAGUUUCUGAGCAACACAAAAAGGAGUUUUGUCCAGCUACAAGAAUACACCUUCUCUGUUGUGCCAGUUGCGUUUUAUGUAAUGUCUUCAUCUGUAAGGGCUCUGGCUUAAUUGUUAGUUAUAUGCAAAUAUUGUCAAACUUAAGGGUGUGGGGGAAAAAGGAUGGGAGUUUUAAAAUGUGUGGGAAGCCCAGAAGGAAAAGAGUUAUUUUAGAAUAGCAGAUAUGGUGCUGAAACCUGUUCGAUCUAUUUAUAGCUGCUGUGAAAAUUUCGGUGUACUUCACACACUGACAUUUGGGCUGUCGACAUCUUCAAACGUGUGAGUGCUAAUGUGUUCCAUAUGGACCCAUUCCUGCUCCAGUUUGUGAGAGACGUUACUGCAUAGAUGACAUGAGGUUUAAAUGCUUUUCUCUGAAAUCAAUAAACUGAUCAAAAAC